AUGGAUUUUCUGAGCGGCAGCAGUGCAGGGCUGAGGUCAGAGAUGCAUGGGGAACAAACCGAGGAAGGUUCAGGAUUAUAUCCUGUUGCUGACUUGAACUUCUCUUUCAUGUUUAAUGAAACGAACCAGUCCUUUGGAGAGUACGCUCACUUGUCUGAUUUGGAGAAAAGUGAUUUAUUCGGGGAUGGAUCCGCCGUCCUGAGAAUAAUAAUCUCUGUGAUUUACUCUGUGGUCUGUACCUUGGGGUUGAUAGGAAACAUCCUUGUCUUAUACCUCAUGAAGUCUAAACAAGUAUGGAAGAAAUCGUCCAUUAACCUUUUCGUGACGAGUUUAGCAUUGACUGAUUUCCAGUUUGUAUUAACUCUUCCUUUUUGGGCAGUGGAGAACGCUUUGGACUUCACCUGGCUUUUUGGAAAAGCCAUGUGCAAGAUAGUGUCUUACGUGACAGCGAUGAAUAUGUACGCAAGUGUGUUUUUCCUGACUGCUAUGAGUGUGGCACGGUACUGGUCAGUUGCAUCGGCUCUCAAGAGCAGGCGGCGCCGUCACCGCUGCUGCUCCGCGCGCUUUAUGAGCAUUGUCAUAUGGGUUGCUGCUAUGUCCGCAGCUUUUCCCCAUGCGGUGUUCUCCACAACGGCGACUGUCUCCAACGAGGAACUGUGCCUUGUUAAAUUUCCAGACACUAUUGACGCACAAUUCUGUCUUGGACUUUACCAUAGCCAAAAAGUACUGAUCGGGUUUCUAAUACCGUUGGGGAUCAUCUCCGUCUGCUACCUGCUGCUUUUGCGCUUCAUCACAUCCAGGAAUGUGAACACCUCAAAGAGACGCUCCAAAGUGACAAAAUCUGUGACUAUAGUGGUUCUGUCAUUCUUCCUCUGUUGGUUGCCGAACCAGGCACUAACGGCGUGGGGGAUUCUCAUAAAACUCAACGUUGUGCAUUUCAGUUGGGCAUAUUACACCACGCAGGCAUACGUAUUCCCAGUGUCUGUCUGUUUGGCGCACUCUAACAGCUGUCUAAACCCCAUAUUGUAUUGUCUAAUGAGAAGAGAGUUCAGAAAGGCUUUGAAAAAACUUUUUGGGCAAAUAACUUCUCCAUCCGUGACCAACAUGAGACCAUUUACGGCGACGACCAAGCCAGAGCAAGACGAGCAUGGACAUGCGUUGGUACCGUUAAGUCCGGCAGAGCCAGCUUUGGUUUUCUAUCCACCUGGUGUUGUCAUUUACAAUGGGAGAAACGAUAUGCUCCCGAACAGUACGUAG